AUGGGUAACACUGAGAGCAGGGUGGUGCAGAAGCGUCUGGCCCGCUUCCGCCCCGAGGAGCGGCCUGUGGUUGAGGGGGUCUUCAUCAGGCUCCACGGUGGUACUGGGGGCCCUUCAGGAGGGAAGACUCUAACGCUUGAGAUGCUACAGUCCUCAAUGGGCAGCCUGGCACCAGACUCCAUGGUGAGGAGGGUCUACAAGUGCAUAAGUAGUAUUAACCCUGGACUGGCAGCGCCUGCAGCCUCUGGGAAGACCAGCACCGCUGCUGUCUCUGGAGUAGGUCGGGAGCAGUUGGUUAUCUUCCUAGCAGACACCCUGCGAGGCACUGCAGAAGAACGGGCUCCUCUCGUCAUGGCCAUGUCCCAGCAUGGAGCAGGGGCAACAACAGUUGUCACAUGUGGGCAGGUAGCAGAGUUCCUACAGGAUCUGAUCUCUGCUGUAGUACAGAUUCUGGUCCACAGAGGGCACCUGCAGGGCUGGAAGCCAGAGAGAAUGGGUGAUGGCUCCCUGGGUGUCAAACUCCUGGCAGAGCAGAUGUGUUCUGAACUCAAACCCUCGGAUCAGGGAAGUUGUGAUAUUUCCUGUCUGGAGGACUGGAUCUUCAGGGUCUCCCAGGUAUCGUUGUAUCUGGAGAUGCUGGUAGCUGAAGGCCUAAAUGUGUCCCUGAGUGGCCGGCCAGACCCCAGCCUGCUGCCCUCCUGCAGGGAAACACUCUGGAAAGAGCUAAGGUGUCUACUGGACCUUCCCACCCUCAUGUUUCUGGCAUCACAGUUGCCAGACAGCUACAGUGCCCCCUGGAGACUUUUGUUUUCCACACAGCUGCAUGGGGAGAGCUUCACCAGGAUGGUGGCCGGCCUGAUAAAGCGUGGGCCGACCCUAUUGCUUAUCAAAGACUCAAAGGGACAUGUUUUUGGGGGCUUCGCUUCCCGUGCAUGGGAGGUCAAACCUCAGUUCCAGGGUGACUCCAGAUGCUUCCUGUUCACAGUGUUCCCCAGACUGAGAGUUUAUACAGCUACAGGAUACAACCAACACUUUAUGUAUCUCAACCAGAAUCAACAGACCAUGCCCAACGGACUGGGUAUGGGCGGUCAGCAUGGUUACUUUGGCCUGUGGCUGGACAGUGAUUUUGGCCACGGUCAUAGCUGUGCACGCCCCAAGUGCACUACUUACGGCAGCCCUCAGCUUUCCGCAGAGCAAGACUUCACCCUGGACUCUGUGGAAGUGUGGGCAGUUGGAAAACCCCCAGAACAAGAGGAGGGCGGUGAUGGGCAGGGCAAGAAGAGUAUUCUGGAUGUAGAUCCAGAGGUCCAGGCAAUGAUGGAGUUGACAGGGAAGACUCUGCACAGUCAGGGCCUCAGGGAGCCAGAGGAGGACCAGGAGCAGUGA